AUGCGUCUCCAAGAACAACGUGCCUGGCGAUGCCUCCGGUGCUUUAGCACCGGGCACGGCCUCGCUAGGUGCACCAGCUUGAUUGACCGCAGCGGUCUGUGUUUCCGCUGCGGCCAGCCGGGUCAUAAAGCGGCGUCCUGCACGGCCGCCCCGCACUGCGCUCUGUGCGCUGCGGCCGGGCGCACGGCAAACCACCGGGCGGGAGGCAAGGGUCGCUUCCCGUCCGGUGAUAAUACUGAACGCAACCGGCGCCGAAAAUCAAAGCGCCGGCAGAAGAGAAGGUUGGCCAGAGGAGCACUGGCCAACACUGUAAUCCCCGCUGCGGCGCCGGUGCCAGAGAGUGGGGGCAGCAGUGAAGGGAAGGGGGCGAUGGAUGUGGUCCAAUAG